GUCUGCGGAGCUGGGGUUGUGGUAGCGGCGGAAGGGAGAGUGGCUGGCAGGAUGCUGGAGAUUCAGCUGGAUGAUGGCGGCGUCGGGGGGUACCCGGGCGACGAUUAUUGCUCGGGGUCGGUGAUGUCGGAGCGCGUCUCGGGCCUUGCCAACAGCAUUUACCGCGAGUUUGAACGACUGAUACACUGCUAUGACGAAGAGGUGGUGAAGGAACUGAUGCCGCUGGUGGUGACGGUGCUAGAGAACCUGGACUCGGUGCUCACCGACAACCAGGAGCACGAGGUGGAGCUGGAGCUGCUGCGGGAGGACAACGAGCAGCUCCUCACACAGUACGAGCGGGAGAAGGCACUGCGCAAGCAGGCCGAGGAGAAGUUUAUAGAGUUUGAAGAUGCACUGGAGCAGGAGAAGAAAGAACUACAAAUCCAAGUGGAACACCUUGAAUUUCAGACUCGACAGCUGGAGCUGAAGGCCAAAAACUAUGCAGACCAGAUUUCACGACUGGAGGAACGUGAAUCAGAAAUGAAGAAAGAGUAUAAUGCUCUACAUCAGCGUCACACAGAGAUGAUUCAGACCUAUGUGGAUCACAUUGAACGAUCCAAGAUGCAACAAAUGGGAAAUAAUCAAACUGAGGGCAGUCUACCUGGGAGAAGCAGUCAUCGCCAGUCAUGGAGGAAAAGCAGGAAGGAACGUCCUAACUCUCUGAAUGUCUUCCCCCUCGCGGAUGGCAUGUGUCCUCAAGAUGAAAUGUCCGAAUCUGGGCAGUCUUCAGCAGCUGCCACACCGAGCACCACUGGAACCAAGUCCAACACUCCCACAUCAUCUGUGCCCUCUGCUGCCGUCACACCCUUGAACGAGAGCAUCCAGCCCAUCAGCGAAUACAGUGGCACAACCAAGAGCAGUAAGAGAGCACGAGAAAAGCGGAACAGCCGGAACAUGGAAGUCCAGGUCACUCAGGAGAUGAGGAAUGUCAGCAUAGGAAUGGGCAGCAGUGAUGAGUGGUCUGAUGUUCAGGACAUCAUAGACUCUACCCCAGAGCUGGAUAUGUGUCAAGACCCCCGCUUAGAACGUACUGGGAACAGCCCAACACAGGGGAUUGUGAACAAGGCAUUUGGCAUCAACACAGACUCUCUGUAUCACGAACUCUCCACAGCAGGGUCCGAGGUUAUUGGAGAUGUUGAUGAAGGAGCAGAUCUGCUAGGGGAGUUCUCAGGAAUGGGCAAAGAAGUGGGGAAUCUGCUGUUGGAGAAUUCGCAGCUACUGGAAACCAAAAAUGCUUUGAAUGUUGUGAAGAAUGAUUUGAUUGCCAAGGUGGACCAGCUGUCUGGAGAGCAGGAAGUGCUGAAGGGAGAGCUUGAAGCGACAAAGCAAGCCAAAGCCAAAAUGGAAACCAGAGUCAAGGAGCUGGAGGAGGAGCUGAAAAGAGUGAAAUCUGAAGCCAUUGUUGCCCGACGAGAACCCAAAGAGGAGGUGGAGGAUGUAAGCAGCUAUCUCUGUACAGAAUUGCAGUGCUCCUCCCCUCUGCAGGACAACAUUCCCAUAGCUCAGCGUCGCCGCUUCACCCGAGUGGAAAUGGCCCGGGUUCUGAUGGAGCGCAAUCAGUACAAAGAGAGGUUGAUGGAGCUCCAGGAGGCUGUCAGGUGGACAGAGAUGAUCAGAGCUUCCCGUGAGCACCCAUCCGUCCAGGAGAAAAAGAAGUCCACCAUUUGGCAAUUCUUUAGCCGUCUGUUCAGCUCUUCCUCAAGUCCCCCACCAGCAAAGAGGACCUACCCAUCUGUGAACAUCCACUACAAGUCUCCAACAACAACAGGGUUCAGCCAGCGUCGCAGUCAUACCAUGUGCCAAAUCUCCUCUGGCAGCCGCACCCUGGAGUUCUUCCCUGAAGAUGACUGCACAUCUUCAGCACGUCGUGAACAGAAACGGGAACAGUACCGCCAGGUCCGGGAGCAUGUGCGGAAUGAUGAUGGGCGAUUGCAGGCCUGCGGCUGGAGCCUCCCUGCCAAGUACAAGCAGCUGAGUCCCAAUGGUGGUCAGGAAGACACUCGCAUGAAAAACGUCCCCGUGCCCGUAUAUUGUCGCCCAUUAGUAGAGAAGGACCCAACCAUGAAGCUGUGGUGUGCAGCUGGAGUCAAUCUCAUGGGAUGGAGACCUUUGGAGCAGGAGCCUGGCAAUGGGCAGAAAUUGGAACCUGGACGUGAUCCCCUUACCUGUGAUAGGGAAGUGGAAGGCGAGAAUGACAAAAGUAACCAUACGUCUCCUGAAAAGAAAAAGGCAAAGGAGCUCCAUGAAAUGGAUGCCACAUCCAGCCGUGUUUGGAUCCUCACUAGUACACUGUCAACAAGUAAAGUUGUAAUUAUUGAUGCCAAUCAGCCUGGCACAGUGGUGGACCAGUUCACUGUCUGCAAUGCUCAUGUGCUCUGCAUCUCUAGCAUCCCUGCGGCCAGUGAGAGUGAUUAUCCUCCAGGCGAGAUCUUUCUGGAGGGAGAUGUAAAUCCUGAAGAGUCAUCUGGAACAGAUGGUGUCUUGGCAGGAAUUACUCUGGUGGGCUGUGCAACCCGCUGCAACGUGCCACGAAGCAACUGUUCCUCGCGUGGUGACACACCUGUGCUGGACAAGGGACAGAGUGAGGUGGCUGCUGUAUGCAAUGGGAAGAUCAACCAGUCAGAGUCUACUGAGGAGGCAACAGAAGCUACAGAGGUACCAGAGAAUGGUACAAGUGAGGCAGAGCCUGCUCAGGCCCGGCUGGGACCCCUCACAGAGCAUGUGUUUACUGAUCCUGUCCCUGCACAGGCACCUUUUAGGCAGAACGGGGAGAAUAAGCACCUGAAGACAGAGUCAAGCACAGCACUGCCAGAUCAGGAGUUGAAUGGAGAUGCUGCUGGGACUUGCACCAGUGCUGCCCCCACCAUGUGGCUGGGAGCACAGAAUGGAUGGCUUUAUGUGCACUCGGCUGUAUCCAACUGGAAGAAGUGUCUGCACUCAAUAAAGCUGAAGGACUCUGUACUAAGUCUAGUGCAUGUGAAAGGGAGGGUCCUUGUUGCUCUGGCAGAUGGAACACUAGCCAUAUUCCACCGGGGAGAAGAUGGUCAGUGGGAUCUCAGUAAUUACCACCUAAUGGACCUUGGUCACACUCACCAUUCCAUCCGUUGCAUGGCUGUUGUUUAUGAUAGAGUCUGGUGUGGCUACAAGAAUAAAAUCCAUGUUAUCCAGCCUAAGACAAUGCAGAUUGAGAAAUCCUUUGAUGCCCACCCUCGGCGGGAGAGUCAGGUGAGACAACUGGCGUGGAUUGGAGAUGGAGUAUGGGUUUCCAUCCGCCUGGAUUCCACCCUGAGGCUUUACCAUGCCCACAGCCAUCAGCAUCUGCAAGAUGUUGAUAUUGAGCCUUAUGUCAGCAAGAUGCUAGGCACUGGAAAGCUGGGCUUUUCGUUCGUGCGGAUUACAGCCCUGCUUAUCGCUGGCAACCGCCUCUGGGUAGGGACAGGGAAUGGUGUCGUCAUCUCCAUUCCACUGACUGAGACUGUAGUCCUCCACCGAGGCCAACUCCUUGGGCUCCGGGCCAACAAGACCUCACCAACCUCUGGAGAGGGGAGCCGCUCUGGUGGGGUCAUCCAUGUGUACGGUGAUGACAACAGUGACAAAUCUGCCAGCAGUUUUAUUCCCUACUGCUCCAUGGCUCAGGCACAACUCUGUUUCCAUGGCCACCGGGAUGCUGUCAAGUUCUUCGUCUCUGUGCCUGGCAAUGUCCUAGCAACCCUGAAUGGGAGUGUGCUGGACAGCCCUUCGGAGAACCCCAGCACAGCAGCCACAGAGACUGAGGGGCAGAAGCUGAAGAACGUCCUUGUGCUGAGCGGAGGGGAAGGGUAUAUAGAUUUCCGGAUCGGGGAUGGAGAAGAUGAUGAGACAGAAGAGAAUGCAGGAGACACCACCCAGGUGAAGCCAGUACUUUCUAAGGCUGAAAGGAGCCACAUUAUUGUGUGGCAAGUAUCAUACAUCCCUGAGUGAGAAUUUCUCCUUUCCUACCAAUGUAAGUGUCCCUCCUCCCGCCUGAAUGCCAAGAUGUACAUACAGAACGCCUGCAUUAUCCUACUGCUGGAAACCAACCCCAGACAACUGCAACAGCUCCUGCCUCGGACUGUGACCCCUUUCUAACCUCUGAACUUGCAGCUUUCAUCUUGGGCCCUUGCACUUUCUGCGUGGUUGGGUUAUUGUUCUGCUCUGGAGCUGGCAUGUACAAGGAGAGAAAUGACAGUGCAUUGAUAAAGUGAGGCUGGAGCUAGAACUGUGCGAAGCCUUUGCCCAGUGCACAGGAGCUGGCAGCUGAUGGUGGUGGGUCAGAUUCUCCGGCAGAUUAUCUCACUUCCACCUGCAUGAGAAAAAUGUGCAUCCCCUGCCAAAGCAGCGGUGGUGAAUCACAACUGCUACAGCAUCCUCACAGAAAUCCUUUCUAGUUCACCAGUGGACUCUUCACCUUAUCUACCCUUAAGCACAGAAUAAUGUCCCACAGACUGAGAGCAGGCAGGUCUAAGAAGCUCUCAAUAGAACAGAGUGUCAGGGCUUGGGCAGCACUUCUGCUCUUUGGCUGGAGAAGGCAGCAGUGCCAUUACUGUGGGGAAUGCAUCCUCCAGAUUUGCAGGUAGAGUCUCCCUUUGCUGCUGUUGUAGCAGCAGUCAUGUGCUGGCUGACUGCAUGUGUCUGGAGAAGAUUGGUUGUAGUCUCAGAUGGGAUAUGAGGGAUGGUGGAGGCUACAGAGCCUUUGGAAACUAGUAGUAAAGGGGUACUGGAACCUUGCUUUUUUAAGAGCAGAAAAGGCAGCAAUACUUUUAACUCCCCCUUCCAGAAAUGCCAGGUAGAGAAGAAACUUUGAGUUCUUUCUCAAAGGUUCAGGAGAAAGUUAUCUCUGCAUAGCAUUUGUUGGCUUUUAAAGUACAAAUGAGGGCAGAUGAUGUUUUUCUGCUGUGGAUUAUGCAUUAACACAUUGAGGCUACCUGGACUCACAAGACUGUGUCCCAGUCACAGGAACUGUCUGUUUUCCUUCAGACUAUGGCUGUCAGUUAGGAAAGACAUUGUAGGUGCAGUUAAGGUAUAAAAAGGCUGUGUAUCACCUGAGGUCACGCAGAGAAAGGAGCUGAGGCCAGAUCUCCCAACCUCUUAGCUAACAUCAUGAGCAUUGAAUUUAUGACUAAGUAGUUUGAAAAGCUGGAAAUUUCUGACUCCCAAAAAGAAUUGACAACCCUUGAGAAAAAGUCCUGCUGGCCUUCAUUGUGUGAGCAGUGCUGGGGGAUUGCAAUUAAUGUGUCCUGCUUACAAGAGAAGCAGCAAAAAAUGGGGCUGGGGAGAGUGGUUCUGAGAUCCCGGUACAGAACAUGGCCACUUCAGAUGUAGAGGCCAUGGUUUGUCCUCCCUUUCUGACCGUGGAAACAGUCCUGUCUUCACAAGAACAAGUUCUUUUUCCUUUGAAUGCUCCCUUCUGGAUGUGCAGGACUAGACUGAGUAGCAAUUGUUAGCAAUGGAUUUGGAAGCCUCUGGUGGUCAUCUUGUUUGUUCUCUGAGCUGUGUAGCAGUUGAGGGUUCAUGGGGAUGUCCGUGUGCCGGUGUGAUGGUAUGGGAACAGCAAGGGGAAGCCUCCAUCUCCUUGAAGGCUCUUGCCCGUGUCCUGUGCUUUUUGUCACAGACCAGGCUGCCCCCAAGGCUGGUGGUCUAAAGCUACUCAUGUGCCGCAGGUAUAGUAUUCCCAGGGGAAGCUCUGACAUGUGGCAUCUGUUUCGAUGCAGCAGCACUGAAAUGAUUUUUGAAUCCAAAGUUCAGAAAAGGCUGAAGCCCACAUUUCCGCUGUAAGGAGGCAAGAGGGACAUCGCUGGAGAUGCCACCAGAGUAGAGCCCCAUCGAUGCCUGUGACAUGCACCCACACCGAGGUGGAACACAGCUGGACAGUGUCCUCUGGCAAUUGGCACACUGGGCUCUGUGGCUGGCAUGCGGUGACGGGAUGCUUGGAGCCACCACCUGCAUGUGCACCACCUUUCACCAGGGACAUGUCAGAGUGGCACUGCUGACAGUGCCAGGCCUCAUUCACUUCCCCAGAAUGCUUUCUGGUAGGAAUUGCUCUGGAUCACAACAGAGUGUAUUGAUGUUAACAAGAUCAACAUUCAGAGCACAGAUUCCACAGACGUAACAGUUGAUCAGUUAGGGCCAGGUAGAGUUUAGGAUUUGGGCAUACUGAAGAAGAGAGGAUAAAAGCCCUAGAAGGGCUCAGUUUGUUGGCUCUGUCCACUCUAUAGAGAAAUAGAGAAUUGCAGUGUUCUUACCUCUUACUUUUUGUUCUCUAUCUGGUUUUAGCAGUUAAAGUGACAGUACGUGGUUUCCUGUCAGCCCUGGGCCCUGCCAGCAUUAAGGAAACCCAUCUCAGGCCUCUGCCAACAGGUUUCUUUCCAGCACAGUGCAGAAGCACAUGUCCAAGAGGGGCAGCUAGAGCUGAGUAGAAUCAGUCUCUGCUGUCAGCUUCUGGAGGCAUUUGGUGGCUGCUGUCAGCAAGGUGGUAACUGACUGGCUUCAACACACUUCCCUGUCAUAUCUCCACUGUGAUGUAUGUAAAGUAUCUUGUAUGUUACAAAAGGAUUUUAAAAAGUGUCUUAAGGCCUGUAAACUCCGCUCUUUGGUCUGAAGAUGGCAUUCUGUAAAGAGACUACUGUAUGAAUAUGUUCCCAUGCUUUGUCCCCUACGCUAUGAAACAAUAAUCCAUAUCUGUUCUGUAUGUAAUAAACGUGUUAACAUCA